AUGGACAACGAUGACCUUUGGUUGAAACAAUAUCAGACGGACUUCAAGAUAUCAGCUAACGAUGACGACUCUCUUAACACGCAAGAUACCACUGGAACAAACUCAGUUGAUGCCAUUCAUGCUGAUACUCCGCCGAGAAUGAAUCAGAGCAACCACACAAGGAAGCCCAGACUACGUCCUGCCCACAACAAACAAAGUCGUCGAAAACCCAAGAAAAUUGAUCCCUCGCCGUUGCCUCUGCCACCAGUUCUUGUCACGACAACGACAACACCGGUAGUAUGGGAUACAUCGCAAGCUAUCUCUGCAACAGCAGGAAAGCAACGCGUCUCCCCCAGGCCAACAACGACACGCAUUAGCAGUCAACUAACGACAUCUGAUACCAACUCAGUCAAUUUACACGACGCCAACGACUGGCCAAUAUUGAAUACCACGACAACCUCUGCUAAAGGCGCACGACAGCAAUUGCCGUCAUCUAAUGAGGAAAAGCAAACAGCCGAUAGUAUCACUGGUAAUACAGAUGAAUGGCCGAGUCUCCAACCAUCGAGUUCUAACCAGAAUGCUAUAGCACCAACACUUCGUCUGCUACGACUAGAGACACCACGGGCUCCAAUGACCACAACAAUGCAGUACGAUGGUCUGCUUUUCGUCGUUCGCCAACAGCCCAGUCCAAGUUGGAAUACACAAUUGAUGACAUGA